CCCUCCUUGGAGAUUUGCCUGAGAAAAGGCGGCCAACUGUCAGCAGAGGGAGCUGCAGGCCAGCCUGCGUCUUCUCCGGCUUCUCUCCCUAGCUGAGGGCUGGGCGGAGGAAAGAAGCGGCCGGCCUGCAUACCGUCGGUUGGUCGCCGCCGCGCUCUCUUAGUAACGGAUUCGGAUUCUGGGAUGCCCUUCCUGUGACAAGCGCGCUCUCCGUCUCGCUAGGACGAGGGAGAGAAAAGAAUAAGGGCUGGGUGUCUGUUUUACAUGGGGGUGCGCCGCUCCGGCUUCAUCAUAACUUGCGGGUGGCGUGAAAGAGAACAGAGAAUACCCCUUUCUUCACAAAGAUUGUAGGUAGCCGCGUUUGCUCCCAUCAGGCGGAAACAAGCACGGCCAGAGCAGGGUGGUACUUUCAUUAGAACCAAUGAAAACGUGUCUUAAAGUCGUGGACCAACCUGUCUGUUCCUCUUCAGAAACUAUUCAUCGGGCUAGACUUUUUUUGAUGUGCCAUUCAGAAGAUCAAAUUAACGUGUGGAACUUUGGAUUAGGGACAGCAGGUCACAUGAUGCUAAUUCCCACCAAUAUUAACUGCCAGUUUGAUGCUCCAAUGUGUACCACAGUUGUGUUGUUAGAGCUACCACAGAGGCCUCCCAGGGACAUGCAAGCCCUGAAGCUCUCCUGUGAGGUUGGAAACAAAUUGUUAUACCGUUACCCAUCUGGAUGUGGGAGCUUUGAAGGGGAAGAGAGAAUAUUCAGAACUGUAGAGGAUAGGAGAUUGUGUCUAAAUGGAACACCCUGGAUUUGGCAUCUCCUUGAAGAAUGUGUUGGGAAUGCGUGGGAGUAUUGGAGUGUUGUCAUAGGCCUGAUCUCCAUUGUCUGCUUUCUCUUUGCUGCACUACCUCAACUCUAUGUUGCCUAUCAGAAUGGAAAAGUGGAUCAAGCCCUCUCAUUGGGCUUUCUACUAUGCUGGAUUGCUGGAGACCUAACCAGUUUUAUCGGUUGCUAUUUGACAAAUCAACUUCCAAUACAGCAUUCUUAUCUUUUUCAGAUCAUCACUCCAAUCUUUUACAUUAACAUGGACAUUAUUAUGAUAUCCCAGUUUGCCUACUAUAAGUUAAACAAUCAGAAGGCAACAAAAUGUGGUAUAAACUUGAAGAACUGUUGUGUAGCCUGGGUCUUGAUAUGCAUCAUUCUGUGUUUGAUUCUACCCAGUCAGCUACUGCUGCAGAACCAAGUCCAGAGCAGUCUUUCAGGAGCACGUGAGAAGUCUCAUGGUAUGAUUGAGAUGUUAGGCUUUGUGUGUGGUUACAUAUCGUGUCUGUUUUACUUGGGAUCGAGAAUUCCUCAGCUGUAUAAAAAUUUCCAAAGAAGAUCCACAGAGGGCACAUCUUAUCUGUUAUUCGCCUUAGCCAUGAUGGGGAACUUUACCUAUGGUCUAAGCCUUGUCUUAGAGAUGCCUGCCACACAGUAUCUCGUAAAUCUUUACUUCUGGCAUCAUCUUCCUUGGCUUAUUGGGAGCUUUGGAGUUUUGUUUUUGGAUAUUUUUAUAACUGCACAGUUUAUUUUGUAUCGCAAGCAGAACAAGAGAAGACCCAGCUUGGUAGCCUUGGAAGCUGAACCCUUGCUCAUAAAUGAAGAUUCCUAACCUCCAUAUUUUGUCAAUGUUACAUUUCCAUAUAACAUUUUCAUUCUGAAGUCUUGGAAGGCUUUUCACAAGCAAUGGAGGAUGUUCCUUAGGGACUCAGCAUAUUGUCAGUUACUUAUGCUUGGACAGAUGCAGCAACAUUAUGAAAGAAAAGCCAGAACUAAAAGUUCCAAGGUAUUAUUUGAGCUUCAGUUAUUGGAUUUUAGGAUAUGCUAACUCUGGGGAUAAUCCAGUUUAGGAAUGCAGUCUAAAUCUUUUCAACAUUGGAUCCAAAGUUACAAAUAUUUUCUUCCUCAUCUUUUUAAACUACUUGGUUCAUUCCUGAAAUACAGCUAGAGCUAUGUAUUUUUUGUUCUUUGUGACAAUGUGAUAAUUAUAAUUAUGGCUGUCCAUACUGCUGUUGAGUUCAUUCUUGUUUAAGGAACUGGAAACAGCCAAAGUCUUAAAAGCAGCAUAGAUCUUUGAGCUGUUACUACCAGGUUAGAAGGACAGUUACAAAGUCUAUUUAUUAUUUCAGAUGCUUUUUUACUCUUUGAGAGUUUUCAGAGAAAUGGUAGUUCAGGUAGUGCACCCACGAGUGCACAUGCACCCUCAGAGGCCUUCCUUGGUGCCCACAGGGUUCCACCCCCAUUCCCCUGCUGAAAUGUGACUUGAUUGAAACAUUCUGUUUUAGCCAAUAUAAUAGGUUGUGGGGUGUGCUUGGUCAUGGGGUGUGGGGGAUGCCCAUGACAGUUUCUCUGGUUUGCAGAUGUGUUAAUGAAUCUAUAUUUGGGUUAUUCCUGCAUUCUUAAGCACAGUGUACAACCCAAUAGAGUGCUAAUUGUUCUCAAUCUAAAACAUAUAUUACUCCUUGUUUUUAACUGCUGUGUGAGUUUCUCAAAUUGUGAGUUGGGCCAACUUAAGGACUCAAGACAGUACAGUAGGGACAAUCUGCUGCCUAGCCCUGAUUAAAAUAUUAACAUGAAGUAAACGAGGGGUCUCCAACCUUUUUGGGCCCAGGGGCAAGUUUAGAAAUCUAAGUAACAACAACAAAAAUAAACACCAGUUCACAGAAAAAAAUCCAGAGAUGUUCAUACCCCCACACACAGGCAAAAUACCUACACCCCCCACACCCAAAUAAAACACAGGCCAAAAAACAGGCAACCUCCAUGCACAACCAAGUAAACUAUUGCCUGUGAAUCUCAUGAGUCAACAACCAAGUUAGUCUAAGACAUCAUUGCACCUCUUUUCUUCUCACAAGAUUUGUGGGAUUUUAAAAUGUGGAAUAUUUUCUCUUGUCCAACUUUUAAGUCAAAAGAACAGAUUAUUUUUUAAAUGCAUAUCCAAAAUUCCCAAUGGUAAUGCACUGAAAGUCAUAAACUAUUAUCUAGUCCUCGCAUGAGUUACGAAGAGUUUAAAGUAUCUGCCAUCCGAGUGUAUUCUGGAUGGGAGCACGGUUGCUUUUCUUCCAGCCACGCAUAGUCAUUUGCAACCAGUUUAACAUGGAAACUCAGAAAGAAGAGAGAAAAGAGCUUCCAGAGACAAGUCAUGGCCAACAGUGUCUGGCAAUUACAGAUGGAAUAUUAUGUAUUAUUUUGUGUAUUUAUAAAUUGCUCUACACCAAAUGAUCCCAAGGCAGGAAUAUAAAUGAUGUUAAAAUAAAUCUCACUUUAGACUAAAACAUAUAAAACAUCCAUAGUAUCUACAUGGUAGUAGUGAACAAAUAAACAUAACGUUUCAGCAUAAAUGUUUACACAUACCAAAAAAAGCCUGGGCAAAGAGUCAUGUCUUCACCUGUCAGGAUGGAUCAUGCCACAUUAGAGGGCCAUGAGAGUGGCCCUCAUUCAGGAAUUAUUGGUGUGGGAGAAGGGAGAAUCAGUAAGGGAUUUCUACAUAAUGGUGCCAGUCAGGCUCCAUGCUGUGGGAAUAAGUUCUGGUCUACUCAUGCAGCAGAAUAAGGUGGGAGAAUGUGUUGUACUACUUCAGAGUGCAGGAUGGUAGCGGUUGUUUUAAUGGUGUGUAAAACAAUCCUCCAAACAAAACUAGCACAGCAGUGAGUGGGAUAAGCUAGAAUCAUUCUCCUUGAUGUGCUAGAUUUUACUUACAGGAUGUUUUUUCACAUGGGAGAAGCAUUCAAAAUGGGCAUUCCCCACCUUCAGCGUGAAGUCGCACAGUUCAUUGUACCACCUCAUUCUACAGUGUAUGUAGACCAGGCUUCAGUGCUUAUUACUCUAUAUGGGUACAUCUACCAACAGGUUAAGCUGUUCCACAAUAUUUCAAAACAUUGUCUCAGCUAGAAUCUAUUUCCAGAUGUGUAGAAUGAUAAAGACUGCAAUCCUGUGUAUAUUUGCUUGUUCAAAACCCCACUAUGACAUACUUCUGAAUAAAC